AUGCAGACGAGCGGCGCUUUGGACUUCCCGUUUGAAGAAACAACCCCGGUCAUCGGGCGCGAGUAUCCCACGCUCAACAUCGUCGACGACAUCCUGAAUGCCCCCAACGCCGACGAUUUGCUUCGCGACCUGGCCAUCACUAUCUCCACCCGAGGUGUGGUCUUCUUCCGGGCACAGGAUAACCUCAGCGAUGAGCAGCAGAAGCAGCUGGUGCAGCGCCUGGGCGAAGUGACGGGCAAGCCGUCGACUUCCACGCUGCACAUCCACCCGAUCCUCAACAACACCAGCGAGUUUGGCGUGGCCGACUCGGAGAUCAGCACCAUCUCCUCGCUGGCGCGCAAGAAGAUGUUCGCCGACGACCACGCCCGCCAGACCCGUCGUCAGACCCGCCGCUACGACUCCAGCCUGUGGCAUUCGGACAUCCAGUUCGAGCCCGUGCCCGCCGACUACACCUCGCUGCGGCUCACGCAGCUGCCCUCCUCGGGCGGUGAUACCCUGUGGGCCUCGGGCUACGAGAUCUACGACACCUUCUCGCCGCCCUACCAGCGCUUCUUCGAGGGUCUGACCGCCACCUUCACGGGCGACGGCUUCAUCCGCGCCGCCGCGCGCAACCCGGACGAAGUCAAGCUGUACACCGAUCCGCGCGGCAGUCCCGAGAACAUCGGCGCCAGCCUGACGGCCGUGCAUCCCGUCGUGCGCACAAACCCCGUCACGGGGCGCAAGAGCAUCUUUGCGAUCGGUCCGUUCCCCAAGCUCAUCAACGAGCUGAGUGCCGAUGAAUCGACGGACCUGCUCCGCCGCUUCCACGACGUCAUCCUGCACAACCACGAUCUGCAGGUCCGCUUCAAGUGGCGCAACAAGAACGACAUGGCUAUCUGGGAUAACCGGAGUGUCUUCCACAGUGCGACCUUUGACUAUGAAGGGCUGGGCGAGCGGUUCGGACACCGCGCCGUGGGGAUUGGCGAGCGCCCGUACCUAGCAGUUUAA